GCGCAGUUUAUCAGUCAAUCCUAUUUAAAAUUCACUGACAUGCUCAUAAGGUAAACAGUGCUACACAUUUAAUCCCCCUAUGGUCAGUGUCAACUCGGCGUUACCUGUCAGGUGCAAACAGAUAUAUGGGUCAAGUAUGAGUGUGUAUUUCACUUACCUGUAGCUCAGUUGUAAACAUACACAACUGAAUCAAGAUGUCGGAAGAACAGCCUCAAAAGACUAGGACAGUUUUGAUAGCUAUUGACGGAAGUGAAUACUCCAAAUAUGCAUUUGAUUGGUACUGCAAAUCCAUGCACCGCCCAACAGACCACGUGAUCAUGAUACAUUCUGUAGAAUUUCACCACGUGCUGCAGACAACACAGUGGUAUUAUACUCCCUAUUCAUUUGACAGAGACACCGUUAAUCAGUUAAUGGAGACUGAGGCGGCGACAAUCAAAGAUAAAUUAGAGCACUUCGCUGACAUGAUGCGACAGCACAAUAUAAAUGGUACUGUGAAAAGUAUUCACUCUAAUAAACCAGGAGAGGGUAUCGUCACUGCUGCAAGAGAAAAUAAUGCUGAUGUCAUCAUUACUGGGUCACGUGGUACAGGCAAACUAAGAAGGACGUUCCUGGGUAGUGUCAGUGAUUAUGUGUUACAUCAUUCGGAUGUCCCCGUCAUCGUAUGUCGUCAUCCUGAUCAUCACCAUGGAGACCAUAAUCAUGGUCAAAAUAAUGACAAAUAGUAAAAGUAAAACCAUUGAGAUUUUUAUUCAUUUCCUUUGAUAUUGUACAAAAAUAGAGUAUUCAGAGAAACAUGGUUGUGAACUGUCCGUGUAGUUAGAUUCAGAAACGGUCAUGGGGCUUAUAUAUGAGCAAUUUCUGUGUUACAGAGUUUGGCUCAUGUUUCCCCGUUUCCAGUGUUUUAAGUUUUAUUUUUUUUACUUUGAAGGAAAUACAUGUAAUCGGUUGUUGAUUAAUCUGUAAACUCAAAUGUGUCUGUACUUUUCUAAAUUGAGUCCCAUUACUAUUUAUUGAAAUGAAAUAAAAAUUAUUAGUUUCCA